UCACCUGAGAGUUGGCUCUUCGCUGGCUGGCUGGUCAAUCAGUGCUCAAAGCUGCCUCCGCCUCCUGACUGGAGAGCGAACUAGCCCGGGCGGAGCCACAGUCCUAGAGGCUGAGCGCAGUCGGAGCGGUCCCAUUUACCCGACCCGACGCCGGCGUGAUGUGGCUUCCGCUGGUGCUGCUCCUGGCCGUGCUGCUGCUGGCCGUCCUCUGCAAAGUUUACUUGGGACUAUUCUCUGGCAGCUCCCCGAAUCCUUUCUCCGAAGAUGUCAAACGGCCACCAGCGCCCCUGGUAACUGACAAGGAGGCCAGGAAGAAGGUUCUCAAACAAGCUUUUUCAGCCAACCGAGUGCCGGAGAAGCUGGAUGUGGUGGUAAUUGGCAGUGGCUUUGGGGGCCUGGCUGCAGCUGCAAUUCUAGCUAAAGCUGGCAAGCGAGUCCUGGUGCUGGAACAACAUACCAAGGCAGGGGGCUGCUGUCAUACCUUUGGAAAGAAUGGCCUUGAAUUUGACACAGGAAUCCAUUACAUUGGGCGUAUGGAAGAGGGCAGCAUUGGCCGUUUUAUCUUGGACCAGAUCACUGAAGGGCAGCUGGACUGGGCUCCCCUGUCCUCUCCUUUUGACAUCAUGGUACUGGAAGGGCCCAAUGGCCGAAAGGAGUACCCCAUGUACAGUGGAGAGAAAGCCUACAUUCAGGGCCUCAAGGAGAAGUUUCCACAGGAGGAAGCUAUCAUUGACAAGUAUAUAAAGCUGGUUAAGGUGGUAUCCAGUGGAGCCCCUCAUGCCAUCCUGUUGAAAUUCCUCCCAUUGCCCGUGGUUCAGCUCCUCGACAGGUGUGGGCUGCUGACUCGUUUCUCUCCAUUCCUUCAAGCAUCCACCCAGAGCCUUGCUGAGGUCCUGCAGCAGCUGGGGGCCUCCUCUGAGCUCCAGGCAGUACUCAGCUACAUCUUCCCCACUUACGGUGUCACCCCCAGCCACAGUGCCUUUUCCAUGCAUGCCCUGCUGGUCAACCACUACAUGAAAGGAGGCUAUUAUCCCCGAGGGGGUUCCAGUGAAAUUGCCUUCCACACCAUCCCUGUGAUUCAGCGGGCUGGGGGCGCUGUCCUUACAAAGGCCACUGUGCAGAGUGUGUUGCUGGACUCAGCUGGGAAAGCCUGUGGUGUCAGUGUGAAGAAGGGGCAUGAGCUGGUGAACAUCCAUUGCCCCAUCGUGGUCUCCAACGCAGGACUGUUCAACACCUAUGAACACCUACUGCCGGGGAAUGCCCGCUGCCUGCCAGGUGUGAAGCAGCAACUGGGGACGGUGCGGCCCGGCUUAGGCAUGACCUCUGUUUUCAUCUGCCUGCGAGGCACCAAGGAAGACCUGCAUCUGCCGUCCACCAACUACUAUGUUUACUAUGACACGGACAUGGACCAGGCGAUGGAGCGCUACGUCUCCAUGCCCAGGGAAGAGGCUGCGGAACACAUCCCUCUUCUCUUCUUCGCUUUCCCAUCAGCCAAGGAUCCGACCUGGGAGGACCGAUUCCCAGGCCGGUCCACCAUGAUCAUACUCAUACCCACUGCCUACGAGUGGUUUGAGGAGUGGCAGGCGGAGCUGAAGGGAAAGCGGGGCAGUGACUAUGAGACCUUCAAAAACUCCUUUGUGGAAGCCUCUAUGUCAGUGGUCCUGAAACUGUUCCCACAGCUGGAGGGGAAGGUGGAGAGUGUGACUGCAGGAUCCCCACUCACCAACCAGUUCUAUCUGGCUUCUCCCCGAGGUGCCUGCUACGGGGCUGACCAUGACCUGGGCCGCCUGCACCCUUGUGUGAUGGCCUCCUUGAGGGCCCAGAGCCCCAUCCCCAACCUCUAUCUGACAGGUAUACUCACUGCCCCAUGUUGUCAGGACCUGAGACCCUGGGCCCCUGUCGCCCAAUGUCCUCUGUUCCUGUUCUCAGGCCCUGAUGUCCCCUGCAGCCUCCCAUCCCCUGAGGAGGGCUGCCUGGGCAGGCUGUGGCCCCUGUCUGAUUGGAGCCAGCUCUGGGUGGCCCUCAUGUGGAGGGAAGAGCACCAAGGCCCCACCCUCCCCUGGGCCUGCCUGGGUGCACGCUCAGGGGCCUCUGCUCUUGCCUCCUAGGCCAGGAUAUCUUCACCUGUGGGCUGGUCGGGGCCCUGCAAGGUGCCCUGCUGUGCAGCAGCGCCAUCCUGAAGCGGAAUUUGUACUCAGACCUUAAGAAUCUUGAUUCUAGGAUCCGGGCACAGAAGAAAAAGAAUUAGUUCCAUCAGGGAGGAGUCAGAGGAAUUUGCCCAAUGGCUGGGGCAUCUCCCUUGACUUACCCAUAAUGUCUUUCUGCAUUAGUUCCUUGCACAUAUAAACCACUCUUAUUUGGUUCUGAUGCCUGAAGAGAGGCCUAGUUUAAAUCAAAAUUCCGAAUCUGGGGCAAUGGAAUCACUGCUUCCAGCUGGGGCAGGUGAGAGCUUUACGCCUUUUAUAACAUGCCAUCCCUACUAAUAGGAUAUUGACUUGGAUAGCUUGAUGUCUCAUGACGAGCGGCGCUCUGCAUCCCUCACCCAUGCCUCCUAACUCAGUGAUCAAAGCGAAUAUUCCAUCUGUGGACAGAACCCCUGGCAGUGUUGUCAGCUCAAGCUGGUGGGUUCAGUUCUGUCCUGAGGCUUCUGCUCUCAUUCACUUAGUGCUACGCUGCACAGUUCUACACUGUCAAGGGAAAAGGGAGACUAAUGAGGCUUAACUCAAAACCUGGGCAUGGUUUUGGUUGCCAUUCCGUAGGUUCGGAGAGCUCUAGAUCUCUUUUGUGCUGGGUUCAGUGGCUCUUCAGGGGACAGGAAAUGCCUGUGUCUGGCCAGUGUGGUUCUGGAGCUUUGGGGUAGCAGCAGGAUCCAUCAGUUAGUAGGGUGCAUGUCAGAUGAUCAUAUCCAAUUCAUAUGGAAGUCCCGGGUCUGUCUUCCUUAUCAUCGGGGUGGCAUCUGGUUCUCAAUGUGCCAGCAGGGACUCAGUACCUGAGCCUCAAUCAAGCCUUAUCCACCAAAUACACAGGGAAGGGUGAUGCAGGGAAGGGUGACAUCAGGAGUCAGGGCAUGGACUGGUAAGAUGAAUACUUUGCUGGGCUGAAGCAGGCUGCAGGGCAUUCCAGGCAAGGGCACAGCAGGGGACAGCGCAGGGAGGUGUCGGGUAAGGGAGGGAAGUCACAUCAGAAAAGGGAAAGCCACGGAAUGUGUGUGAAGCCCAGAAAUGGCAUUUGCAGUUAAUUAGCACAUGUGAGGGUUAGACAGGUAGGUGAAUGCAAGCUCAAGGUUUGGAAAAAUGACUUUUCAGUUAUGUCUUUGGUAUCAGACAUACGAAAGGUCUCUUUGUAGUUCGUGUUAAUGUAACAUUAAUAAAUUUAUUGAUUCCAUUGCUUUAA